AUGUCGUACCUGAAAGUAAUGAUCAUAUGGAACAUAGUUUACAUAUCCCUGGUGAUCCUUUCACUGUCCCUGAUUCAAGAAGUGGCUUCUCAAGCAGUCUCCUGCAAAGGACGUUGCUUUGAAGUCUAUCAAAGAGGAAGAGAGUGCGACUGUGACAUAGACUGUAAACAAUAUGGAAAAUGCUGCCCAGACUACGAAGAACACUGUAAAGAAUUACACACAGAAAAGCCAGUGCCCAAGACUCCUCCCCCAAAUAAAUCGACGUCCAAAAGGUCAUCUACAGAUGAGGAAAAGAAGCCAGAGGAAGAUACUGGCACUGUGACCAGUCCUCCUCCAACAACUCCAAAAGAUGAAGAGACAACGCCUGAACUCACGGAAUCACCAACAACACCCAAACCUGAAGAGACAACCCCUGAAGCCACUGAGGCACCAACAACACCAAAAGAAGAGGAGACAACGCCUGAAGCCACUGAGGCACCAACAACCCCCAAAGAAGAAAAGACAACACCUGAAGCCACAGAGGCACCGACAACACCCAAAGAAGAAGAGACAACCCCAGAAGACACUGAGGCACCAACAACAUCCAAAGCUGAAGACACAACCCCUGACGCCACCGAGGCACCAACAACUCCAAAAGAUGAAGAGACAACGCCCGAACUCAUGGAAGCACCAACAACACCAAAAGCUGAAGACACAACACCUGAAGCCACUGAGGCACCAACAACACCCAAACCUGAAGAGACAACCCCUGAAGCCACUGAGGCACCAACAACACCAAAAGAAGAGGAGACAACGCCUGAAGCCACAGAGGCACCGACAACACCCAAAGAAGAAGAGACAACCCCAGAAGACACUGAGGCACCAACAACAUCCAAAGCUGAAGACACAACCCCUGACGCCACCGAGGCACCAACAACUCCAAAAGAUGAAGAGACAACGCCCGAACUCAUGGAAGCACCAACAACACCCAAAGCUGAAGACACAACACCUGAAGCCACUGAGGCACCAACAACACCCAAACCUGAAGAGACAACAACUGAAGCCACUGAGGCACCAACAACACCAAAAGAAGAAGAGAUAACACCCGAAGACACUGAGGCACCAACAACACCCAAACCUGAAGACACAACCCCAGAAACCACUGAGGCACCAACAACAACCAAAGAAGAAGAGACAACACCUGAAGCCACUGAGGCACCAACAACCCCCAAAGAAGAAGAGACAACCCCUGAGGCCACUGAGGCACCAACAACACCCAAAGAGGAAGACACAACACCUGAAGCCACUGAGGCACCAACAACAUCCAAACCUGAAGAGACAACGCCUGAACUCAAGGAAGCACCAACAACACCCAAACCUGAAGAGACAACCCCUGAAGUCACUGAGGCACCAACAACUCCAAAAGAUGAAGAGAUAACACCUGAAGACACUGAGGCACCAACAACACCCAAACCUGAAGAGACAACCCCUGAAGCCACCGAUGCACCAACAACAAAGAAAGAAGAGACAACCCCAGAAGCCACUGAGGCACCAACAACACCCAAAGCUGAAGACACAACACCUGAAGCCACUGAGGCAUCAACAACUCCAAAAGAUGAAGAGACAACGCCCGGACUCACAGAAGCACCAACAACACCCAAACCUGAAGACACAACCCCUGAAGCUACUGAGGCACCAACAACACCAAAAGCUGAAGACAUAACCCCUGAGGCCACUGAGGCACCAACAACUCCAAAAGAUGAAGAGACAACGCCCAAACUCACGGAAGCACCAACAACACCCAAACCUGAAGACACAACCCCUGAAGCCACUGAGGCACCAACAACACCAAAAGAAGAGGAGACAACCCCUGAAGCCACUGAGGCGCCAACAACUCCAAAAGAUGAAGAGACAUCCCCAGAAGCCACUGAGGCACCAACUGCUCCAAAAGAUGAAGACACAACCCCUGAGGCCACUGAGGCACCAACAACUCCAAAAGAUGAAGAGACAACGCCCAAACUCACGGAAGCACCAACAACACCCAAAGCUGAAGACACAACCCCUGAAGCCACUGAGGCACCAACAACACCAAAAGAAGAGGAGACAACCCGUGAAGCCACUGAGGCGCCAACUACUCCAAAAGAAGAAGAGACAACACCUGAAGCCACUGAGGCACCAACUGCUCCAAAAGAUGAAGAGACAAUCCCUGAAACCACUGAGGCACCAACAACACCCAAAGCUGAAGACACAACACCUGAAGCCACUGAGGCACCAACAACACCGAAAGAAGAAGAGACAACAUCUGAAGCCACCGAGGCACCAACAACCCCCAAAGAAGAAGAGACAACACCUGAAGCCACUGAGACACCAAGAUCCAAAGAAGAGACAACCCCUGAAGUCACAGAAGCACCAACAACACCAAAAGAAGAAGAGACAACCCCUGAGGCCACUGAGGCACCAACAACACCCAAAGAAGAGACAACCCCAGAAGACACUGAGGCACCAACAACACCCAAAGAUGAAGAGACAACCCCUGAAGCCACUGAGGCCCCAACAACUCCAAAAGAUGAAGAGACAACGCCCGAACUCACGGAAGCACCAACAACACCCAAACCUGAUGAGACAACGCCUGAAGCCAUUGACGCUCAAACAACUCCAAAAGAUGAAGCGACAACGCCUGAACUCACGGAAGCACCAACAACACCCAAACCUGAAGAGACAACCCCUGAUGCCACUGAGGCCCCAACAACUCCAAAAGAUGAAGAGACAAUGCCCGAACUCACGGAAGCACCAACAACACCAAAAGCUGAAGAAACAACCGCUGAGGCCACUGAGGCACCUACAACACCCAAAGCUGAAGACACAACACCUGAAGCCACUGAGGCACCAACAACACCCAAAGAAGAAGAGACAACAUCUGAAGCCACCGAGGCACCAACAACCCCCAAAGAAGAAGAGACAACACCUGAAGCCACUGAGACACCAAGAUCCAAAGAAGAGACAACCCCUGAAGUCACAGAAGCACCAACAACACCAAAAGAAGAAGAGACAACCCCUGAGGCCACUGAGGCACCAACAACACCCAAAGAAGAGACAACCCCAGAAGACACUGAGGCACCAACAACACCCAAAGAUGAAGAGACAACCCCUGAAGCCACUGAGGCCCCAACAACUCCAAAAGAUGAAGAGACAACGCCCGAACUCACGGAAGCACCAACAACACCCAAACCUGAAGACACAACCCCUGAAGCCACUGAGGCACCAACAACACCCAAACCUGAAGAGACAAUCCCUGAAGCCACUGAUGCACCAACAACCCCCAAAGAAGAAGACACAACCCCUGAAGCUACUGAGGCACCAACAACACCCAAACCUGAAGACACAACCCCAGAAACCACUGAGGCACCAACAACACCCAAGUCUGAGGACACAACCUUUGAAACCACUGAUGCACCAACAGUCCCCAAAGUCACAGAGAUGACCCCUGAAGCAACGGAGGUCACAACAACCCCCAAAGUGGAAGAGACAACCCCUGAAGGCACUGAGGCACCAACAACCCCCAAAGUCACGGAGACAACCCUUGCAGCCACAGACUUCCCAAGAACCUCAAAAGCUGAUGACACAACGCCUGAUGCCCCUGAGGAACCAACAACCCCCAAAGCUGAAGACACAAACCCUGCAGCCACAGUGGCUGUGACUACUCCACAAGCUGAAGAGACAACCCCUGCAUGCACAGAAGCUCCAGCAACUAUGAACGUCAAAGAGACAACCCCUGCAGCCACGGAGGCCUCAACGACUCCCAAGGCCAAAGAGGCAACCCCCAGAGCCAAAGAGACUACAACCCCUGAAGUUGCAGAGACAACCCCUGUUGCCACGGAGGUACUGACAACCUCAAAAACCAAGGAGUCAAUCCCUGAGGCAACAGAUCCUCCAACGACCCCUAAAAUGAAAAGAACAACCCUUAAAGGCACAGACAGACCAAAAGCACCUAAAUCUGAACAGAAAAUCCCUGAAGCCACAGAAGCACCAACAACCCCUAAAGCUGAGGAGACAACCCCUAAAGCCACAGAAGCACCAACAACCAAGGUUGAUUCUCCCACCACUCCCAAAGCCGAGGAGAAAACUGCUAGUGCCACAAAGGUGUCAACAAUCCCCAAAGAGAAAGAAAUAAUGCCUAAGGUCACAGAUGCUCCAAUAUCCCUGUCUGACUCUCCCACCAUUCCUGAAGUUGAACUUUCUACACCUGCACCCACAAAUGUUAAACAAGGCGCAACUACUAUAUAUAGCAAACUAGUAAGUAUAACCGAUAAAAGUGACAGAACAACAACUAAACCUAUUAUGACCCCGGUAACCAUGGAGUCCUCAACUAAAAAAGAAACAACCACGGAGAAAAAGGAAGUAACAAUACCCAAGAAAGACAAAACUACUGUGCUUAAAGACAUUUUGAAAGGUAGAAGAACUACUGUAACUACUUCAGAUGCAACCCCUGCACCCAGUCAAGCUGUUAGUACAACAGCUGAAUUAGAAGCAACUACUACAUCCAAAAAGGCUGCAACAGCAGCUACGGAAGGAGAAGCAACCCCAGCUACACAAGACAAAACUCCCACACCAAAAGAGACUUUACCAUCUACAGCUAAAAGAGAACAUGCUGUGGGAACCAUAAUUGUAACAACAUCAGCAGCUACAAGCAUUAUACGUAAGCCCACUAUGCUGCCAACAACUGCCAAAACAGAUUCAACUCCUAAACCCAGGGAGAUUGUGACAACAACUAAAAGAGACACAACUAUGGAAACUACACCGGCUGUACCAGCAGUUGCUGAGUGCAUCAUUCCCUCUAAAGAGACAACAGCUGGUGAAAAAGAGUUGACCACCCUUGCGAAGGAAACUAGCUACACUACUGAAAAAGAAACAGAAGAUGCCCCUGGAAAGUCCCCUACCCUUGACAAGAAAGAAGAAACUACAGUGAUCAGAGGUAGAACAACAACAGAUAAAAAAGACACAAUAGAAGAAAUGUUUCUUGUUCCUAGAGGGACAUCCAAGCCAUCUAUACGCUUCCAGGAGAUUACUGACACCCAUGAUGAGCCCUCUCCACCCAGCCCUAAAACCAUGCCAGUAGAAGAGCCUGAGAUAAACAAGCCUUUAAUACAAACUGCAGACUUGCCAGUUUUAUCUGGAGGAGCAGAAAGUAAGUGUACAAAACCAGAGAGCACAGCAAAACUUGUGAGUAAAGGAUGUGCAAGUACUUUCUAAUUAGACCAUGUCAGCAUCCUGAAUGGGUAGUACUUAAUUUUUCAGUAACUUUUUUGAUGUCCUCACUAUGUACCACAGUGCAGAAGCUCUUGGGCACUUUUAGAUCCACUGAUAAAUAUAUAUGUAUAUAAAUACAAAUAGGUCUUUUGCAUGAAAAUACUUGGGAUUCUUGUU